GAAAGUUUGCCAAAAUGCUGAGAUGGAAAAAACAACGAGAAGCUGCUUGGAGGCAGAACUGGAAACAAGCACACACUUCCCGUACAUCACAGGAAGUAGAGAGGAAUCGGGGGAUUUUUAUUUCAACUGCUGAAAAAAUGAAACUAUAAGAGGCCAUGCUGAGAUGACGAAACAUUGCUGAUUGCAGCACUAACGAACAGUUCUGCCAAGUUUGUUUCUAAGCUGAGACAUCAUUUAAGGACAAGAAACACACAAGGGGUCGGUAUGUUGCUGUGGGAGUGAGUUUACAGUAAGAGAGGCGCAGGCACACAGGCUGCCUGUUAGUUACUUCUGAGACCCUCCUUUCUUCCAGUCUUCAGACAGCGUGUUCAAGGUACAUCAGGCUGCAGACAGGAUGUUUCACAAGGCAACCAAAGACCUGGCAAAGCAGGUGGCUCCAGAUGGAGAUCUGUUCCCAGUUAGCAGCCUUAUUGACCAAGAUCACUUCAGACCCCUAUACCUCGUUCGAAAUAAACCAAAAAAGGGAUUCUGGAUGACUCGUCACCGCUACUACAAAACAGGAGUUCAGCUCAGUGACAUUCUGGUACCUGGACAGGACAGCAGAAAUCUAGAUAUCCAGGAUUCACACUCAAUCACUGUUGAGGAUUGCACUGAUGGCAGAGUAGAGUGGACUAUUAAGCUGCCUGAAGACUUUGUGAGUACGGAAAUGAUGCUAGAUGCUGGCAGCUACCAAGUGAAGUCCAUCAAGGUGAAAAGAGCAGAGGUCAGCCCAGCAGAUCUCGAGUUUCUACAAGGAGAAAGGAAAAUCAACAUGGACCAUUCCAUCAUUAAGGAUUUAAGGAAGCGCAGAGAGAACUUGUAUGUGAUCAACGAGGCUGUACAGGCUUUGGAGGAGAGCACAUUAUACAAGGCCAACGCCAUGGAAGGCAACAUUCUGAAUGACAUCUGUGUCCAUUUUUCAUUAAAGGGCACCAGAGGCAGCAAGCGUGUCAUAGUUAUCCCUAAGGACUGUGUCCUGGCGUUCAGAAUCAAGCCGCUAAUUAUUCAAAGUGAAUCAUGGGGCAUUUCCCAUCAUCCGGAUGUUGAAACAUUUGUUGCAGACGGUGCAACAGCAGAACCUAAUUACUCCCCAGAUGGAGGAAUGGAAGGCCUACAGAGCGACGUUGAAAAAGAAUGUGCAAAGCUCUCACAGUUGUCCACAGAUCUGCGUGCCAAGUUCUUAAAAUCAAUCAUAGCCGUGAUAAUAAACAGCGACCUCUUGCAAGAACUCACACUCAAGCUAGAAGAGGCUUUUGAAGAUGCUGAUAAAUGUGAGCUAAAGAGUGAGAAUCCAGACUUGGAAGACUUGCUAAACAAUUUACAGGAUUCUGCAGGAAGCAUAGAUCUUUACUUAGUUGGGCCAGUUCUCUACACUCUACAGGCACUUGGUGAGCUAACUGAGGAUCAGUUACUGCGGCUGGCACAGUCUGUGCAGAAGCAGAUUGUAUCCAAACAGCUCGAGCUGGUCAAGAGCAUCUUGAAGCAAGAAUUCCACCUGAAAGACGCUUUCAGCCUGGAUGCCAAGCUGGUCUCCUCCCUGCAAGAGGAGGAACUGAACAUAACCAAGGCAAUGAUAGAGCUGGGUGGAGUAACACUGCAGAGAAAUGGACCUUCUUUCACUGGGACUGGAGACCUGGCUGCUUUCUCAGCCCUCAGUGCAUUGUAUGUAGCCUUGUAUGCUUUACAUCUUCUGUCUAGAUCAGAGUAGAUAGGACACCUUUCCUCACAUUAGAAGGGAUGUCAAUAGAAAGACUGAAAAAAUAUUUCCUGAGGUUGAUUAUGGGAAGUGAGUUUUUCUCUACAAAAAGUAUCCCCAAUUUUAUACACAUCCACACACUGUAGCAACCUCACUUUGAUCUGGAUGAGACUCUCUUCAUAUCUCCUCAAUGCUGCUUCUAGAUCAGUAGGUGGGAGAAGGGGAUUGUUGCAAGUUGCCUGGCAGCCAAAGGAAGCGAGAAACCAGAACCAAGAAUUAAAACAGGUUCUCUCACGAGAACCCAUGGCCCAGGAUGUCAUGAGCUUACCUGCCAUAUUUUGGCAGAACCGGCCAAUGGGAGCUGGGGGGGGGGGGGGCUGCGGGCAAGAGGAGCUGGAGCUGCUGCUGGCCGCUUCAGGCGCAGCACGGUCCGCAGUGCCAGGACGGGCGGGAAACCUGUCUCUGGCACCCUGGCUGCGCCGCUGACUGGGAGCCGCUGGAGGUAAGUCCGCGCCCCAACCCCAAUGUUACAUUGCAUAUGGAAACAUCGGGGGGCACAACUGCCUAGAGAACAGCCACUAAUUAUAACCUAUAAGUAAUGUAGUAAGCCCUCCCCCCUACUCUACUAGACAGCCUGGACCCAACCUUCUCGGGCCCACUAUAAUGGGAAGUCUGGAACACUAAUUGGAAUAGGCAUGGUAUGCCCAUACGAGAGAAGGUGCAGGGCACAGUACUACACAAGAGGCAGAUGGAAUAUCAACACCUUCCAUCUUGAUUCCUGGCCCUAUCAGGAAGUGUGUCGCCAUAUGUCCUAUGCUUUUCCAGGGAUACCUGGACAGGAGGAUCCCAAAAGAAAAGGAAUGAAAAAAGGGGAGGUGGA